CAGGGGAGAUUGCCCACCGGUGCUGUGGUUGCACCCGUUAUUCUCACAUCUGACAAGAUGGCUCUCUCUACCUUCUCUGGGAAUAAGAUGGCAUGGCCAGUCUAUCUGACGCUUGGCACCAUCUCAAAGGCAGUUCGUCGCCAGCCCUCAAAAUGUGCUACGGUUCUUAUCGGCUACAUACCUAUGACUAAAUUAGAGUGUUUCUCAGAGGACGUUUGGUCUCAGGAAGGAUAUCGGAUGUUUUACCAUUGUAUGGAUGUGAUUCUUGAGUCUCUCAGGGAUGCAGGCACCCAUGGCAUUACCAUCACUUGUGCUGACCGCGUCAUACACCAAAUAUAUCCUAUUCUUGCGGCAUACGUUGCCAACCAUCCAGAGCAAUGUCUCAUCGCUUGUUGCAAAGAAAACUGUUGCCCAAAAUGCAUUGUUGACUGUGAC